AUGACUGUCUCAGAUUCUGAAAUCGUCAAUGAAGAUGAAGUCUUAACGAGUCUUGUAUCGAACUCCAAGGAACAAUUGGAGUUUGAUAAUCUUACAACAGACACCAAACUUUCAAAACUUGAUGCAUUAGUACAAAAAUCACAAAUAUAUUCUAAAAUCAUUGCAGAGAAUUUAUUACAAAAUAUGCAACAAAAGAAGACAGUUGAUCAAAAGAAGAAACAAAAGAAGACGCGUGGUAAAGUUGUUGAAGAAAAUCGACAACCUAAAUUGCUCACUGGGGCUACUAUGAGAGAUUAUCAACUUGAUGGAUUAGAUUUCUUAGUGUCAUUGUAUGAAAAUGGAUUGAAUGGUAUAUUAGCUGAUGAAAUGGGACUUGGUAAAACCAUUCAGUGUAUAUCAUUUAUCCUGUUUUUGAUGGAACAGGGAAUAACCGGUCCAUUUCUUGUGGUUGCGCCGCUUUCCACGGUGGGGAAUUGGUCUAAUGAAUUUAGAAAAUUUGCACCCAAGAUCAAAGUACUUGAAUAUAUUGGACUGAAAGAUACUAGAAAUGAUAUUAGAUUGUCCAAGAAAGUUCAAACUACAAAUGUAAUACUUACAUCUUAUGAAAUAUCGAUAAGGGAUCAUUCAUUCCUUAAAAAUUUCAAUUGGAAAUUUUUACUUGUAGAUGAAGGACAUCGAUUAAAGAAUAGUAAAUGUUUAUUAAUUCAAAAAUUAAAAGAACUUGAUGUUUCUAAUAGAUUACUUAUUACUGGUACUCCGCUUCAAAAUAAUCUUGAUGAAUUAUGGUCGUUAUUAAACUUUAUUUUACCAGAUAUUUUCCAUGAUCUUCAAUUAUUUCAACAAUGGUUUAAUUUUGAUGAAUUAACAAAUUUAAAGAAAGAUACAAAUAAUGAAUUUGAAAAUAAACUUAUUGAAUUAAAUAUUCAAAAAUCUCUUAUUGAAAAUCUUCAUACAAUUCUAAAACCAUUUAUUCUUCGAAGGUUAAAGAAAGAUGUUAUUAAGAAUUUGCCACCAAAGAAGGAAUACAUUGUAUAUGUAAAUCUUUCAACAUCUCAAAGAUAUCUUUAUCAAGAAACAUUGAAUGGGAACUUGUAUAAUACAUUGGUAAGGGUGUAUUUUAAAGAUUAUAUUGAAAAUAAUUAUAAGGGAAUGUUUAGAAGUUCAAUGUUGGAUACUUUCCUUGAUGAAUCACUUUCAAUUAAACAAUUGGGAGCUAAAAGACGUAAGAUAACCAAAAAGGUGUCACUUUUAGAAGAGGCCAGUGAUGACGAGUUCCAAACAGGAGAUGGACUUGAUGGAAAGUCUGACGGUGAAGAAGAUUUGGAACAAGAAGAAGAACAAUUGGCAAAGUUAUCACCAUCUCAACGGAAACAAUUUAUUUUAAACAAAGUUAAGAAUAAAGUUAUAAGAGAUCUUAAAAAUAAGUCACUUCAAAAUAUGUUGAUGCAAUUAAGAAAUAUUUGUAAUUCACCAUAUAUUUUUUAUGAACCAUUCCCGAUCCAACAAGAUCAUACAAGUGAAAGUGAAGAAGAAUUUAUUAAAUUAUUGAAUGAUAAUUCUAGUAAAAUGCAAGUAUUUGAACAACUCAUUGAUUCAUUACUCGAGAAAAAUCAUAAAAUCUUGGUAUUUUCUCAAUUCACAAGAAUGUUAGACUUAUUGAAUGAUUGGUUUAAUUUCCAUGGAAUUGAAGUAUGUAGAUUAGAUGGAUCCAAUUCCCAAUCUGAAAGACAAGAAACCAUUGAAAGCUUCAAUACAAAGAACGGGCCACCAGUAUUUCUACUUUCUACAAGAGCUGGUGGUUUAGGAAUUAAUUUAACCACCGCUGAUACAGUAAUUUUAUUUGAUUCAGAUUGGAAUCCACAAAUUGAUUUACAAGCAAUUGACCGAGCUCAUAGAAUUGGACAAGUUAAUCCAGUGAAAAUUUAUAGAUUUGUUGUUCGAGAUUCAAUUGAAGAAGUUUUAUUAUACAAGAGUUAUUCCAAGAUAUUUUUGAAUAAAUUAAUUAUUCAAAUGAAUGAACACAAGACUCAAAAUAUCGAAUCAUUACUUGAUGGUAAGGAAUUACAAAAUUCCGAUAUUUUAACUCAAAAUUUGAAAAAUCUUAUUGAAUUACCAAAGGCCUUUGCUCAUAAAUUUGAAUCAAAUAGUAAAAUUAAACAUGAGAACUUACUCUCAGAAGAUGAAUUGAAUGAACUUUUAGAUAGAAGUGCUAAAUGUUAUGAAGAUGGUAAUGAGAAAACUUUCAAAAAUAUUACAGUUUUUGAAACCAUUAAUAAUAUGGAACAAUGA